ACAAAACUACUGAGUCUAUAAUAACUAAACUUUCUGGUCACUUGUCUGCCAAACUCACCUUCAUGGAGGCCAUCUCACUGUCUCUUUGUGUGGCUCUUCUUGUUAUCAUUCUUACACUCUGCUUCAUCUUUGCUUUCAAAUCCAAUUCCAAUGACACAAGGCUGCCACUUCCACCAGGUAGCUAUGGAUGGCCGAUUAUUGGUGAAACCAUGAAAUUCUUCUACAAUCCUGAGAAAUUUGUGACUGACAGAAUGACAAAAUACUCUCCUGAAAUCUUCAAAACCAAGUUUUUCAACGAAAAAAUCGCUGUGAUAUGCGGUCCCAACGGUCACAAAUUCCUCUUCUCCAAUGACCACAAACUCUUCUCUCAAUUCCACCCAAAAGCCAUGGAAAAGCUCUUCCUCUCUUCAUCAUCCCGCAAAAAAUCCCACGCCGAAGAAGGAGCCUCCCUCGACAAGGACUUAAAACUAGUACGCGGCCCUGGCGUGUUCAAAACCGACGCGUUGAUCCAUUAUGUGGCAGCUAUGGAUUCAAUCAUCCAGCAAAAAAUCAAGGCCGAGUUAAAUGAAGUAGAGGUGGUGAAGGCUUAUCCCUUUUCGAGGAAUAUAACCUUGACGCUCGCUUGUCGAUACUUUUUGGGAAUGGAGAUUAGUGCAGAGCGUAUCGCGAGGCUUGUUGGGUAUUUUGAUCAAGUCACAUUGGGGAUGCAUUCUAUGCCAUUGGAUUUUCCCGGGACGACGUUUUAUUAUGCUUGUAAAGCUGCAGAUGUGAUUCGGAAGGAGCUUUCGGGGAUAAUUCAGGAGAAGAAAGCUGAAAUGGCGGCUGCUAAGGAAGGAGGAGCACCAAAAGCAGAAGACCUACUGUCACAUAUGAUUGCAGCCAGCUGUGAGGAUGGGAGUGAGGCAGAGGCAGAGAUUGGUGAUAAAAUUAUGGGAUUGAUUGUGGCUGGAUAUGGGACUGUUUCAACUGCCAUAACUUACUUCAUGAAAUAUGUUGGAGAGAGACCCGACAUCUAUCAUAAGAUCCUAUCAGAGCAAUUGGAGAUAUCAAAGGGGAAACAGGCUGGAGAGUAUUUAAGCUGGGAUGACAUGCAGAAAAUGAAGUAUUCAUGGGCUGUAAUCUGUGAAGUGAUGAGGUUUACUCCUCCAGUUCAAGGAAAUUUUAGAGUGGCUCUAACUGACUUCACUUAUGCUGGUUACACUAUUCCAAAGGGUUGGAAGGUAUUUUGGACAGUAACUACAACACAAAAAAAUCCAGAGUACUUCAGAGAACCAGAAAAAUUUGACCCUUCUCGGUUCAUUGAUGGUGAUGGACCUCCUCCAUUCACAUACGUGCCGUUUGGAGGUGGACCUAGAAUGUGCUACGAGAAAGAGUAUUCACGAUUAGUUGUGCUCGCUUUCGUCCACAAUGUGGUUAAGAAGUUUAAAUGGGAGGUACUAUUUCCCAAUGAGAAAAUUUUGGGCACCAUGUUGCCAAUUCCUGAAAAAGGACUUCCAAUUCGCCUCCAAGCGUGCUAGGUUUAUUUCACUCUUUCUCUGUAUACAUAUGUGAACCUUUUUUCACCCCCCAUAAGGACUUUCUCCGAAUGUUUCUAAAAACACUUGGCCUGUAUUUUUUUCCCUCCUUGCUCCUUUACUCCAAUGAAAGAAUGGUCUUGUUAAAAAUA